UUGCAAACAAGUGUCUAAUGCUCGGCGGUGUUACCAUAUAGAACACACAUCAUUGUUACAUUGUUUUACAUUGUUUGUCUGUUUGUUUAUUUUGGGGGCUGUGCAAAGAAAAGUCAAAAUGUCAAGUGCAAAUCUUGACCAGUUACACCGAUCAACAUUGGGCGUUUAUGAGAGCCUGCUUGACCAGUUCAACCCAGGCUUACAGAGGCUGGUUGCACUGGGUAACACCUACAUCCAGGCCUUUCAAGCUCUUGCUUCCACCAGUGAGGAGUACUUCCAUGCUCUGGGCAAGAUGGGGGAGCAAGCUCUUCGCACUCUCUCCUCUCGCUCACUAGGUGAUGUCAUCACCCAGAUCGCUGAGAGCCAGAGGAGGCUGACCAAUGAGCUGGACGGAAUGUUCCGCUGGUUCCACAAUGAGGUUCUGCGAGAGAUGGAGAACAAUGUGAAUCUGGACAAGGACUUCGUAUCAGGCAGCAGGCGGCGCUAUGAGAUGGAGGUGCAUAACCAGAGGCAGCAGAGGCGUGGCCAUCAGGAUAUUGCUGAGUUGACACAUUUCCUGCGGGAGAGUCAGAAAGAUGCUCUGAAAGAGGAGGAGAGGAGGUAUCGCUUUCUGGCAGAGAAGCACUGCAACCUCUCUCUUACCAUAGCCCAACUCAUGAACAAGACAGGGGGCGCUCUACACCAGAGGGCACAGCAAUGGGGCGAUGUCGUCAAUCAGACCAGAGCCCCGCGACCACGGACCCCAUCACGCAUGGAGCAGAUGGGGAUGAGAGAGGAGGAGAGAGGCCAGCAGUGGAACAGAAGGGACGAACAACCUUUGGGAAGACUGCCAUCUAGAGGCCCCUCUCCUGAGCCCAUGCGAUCUCGCUCUGGCUCGCUGGGGGAUGCGCUUGGCGGCGGUCGCCUGAUGAGGGCGCUAGUGUCCUGCCGGCCCUCCUCCAAUAAUCCCACACAGCUGCCCUUCAGCACGGACGAGCUCAUCACCGUCCUGGUGCCCGAGCCCCGCAACGGCUGGCUGUACGGCAGAGGACAGAACAGCACACGUCAGGGCUGGUUUCCUGCUUCCUAUGUAGAACCGUUGGACCAGGCUCCUAGACCCCCACCCCAAAGUGCUGGAAUGAGAACAAGUCACAGCAUGAGCAACCUGCUCGACCAAUCAGGAGGCGGAGGUCAAGGAGUUGUCCCGCCCCCAGCCCCACCUCUGCCAUCUGCAGCCAAUCAGAUGUAUCCCACCACGCCCUCUCUGCCAUCUGCAGCCAAUCAGAUGUAUCCCACCACGCCCUCCCUAGACAGGCGUUCCGAGCAGCAGCAGAAACCAAGAUCUGAGGACUAUGGGAUAAAACCAGAUCUGUUUCCACGAGGCACUAACCCCUUUGCUACGGUGAAACUGAAACCCACGGUGACCAACGAUAGGUCUGGUGCUCGGACCCCGGGCCGGAUCAUCUGAUCGUCACGGUGACCAACGACAGAUCUGCUCGCCGGAUUUCCAGAUUCAUUAUUAUGAUCCACCAUUACAGCCAGAUUGUUUAUGCGUGUGUGUGUUUGGGUGUGUGUUGUGUGUGUUUGUGUUCGUGUG